UUAUUUUAUUUUAUUUUGUUUUAUUCAGAAAUCAAACAGCUAAGUUAGAUAAUUAGUUGGAGCUUGUUAUUAUAAAACUAUUAAGACUGAACGUGCCAACACCGAUCGUCAUUGCUUAUUUCAAGCUCGAUCCACAAUGGCGUUCUUAGUACCGAUACUGGUAUGUGUGGUGUGUGUGUUGUUCUCUUACUAUCUGUGGAAGAAGAGUUGUCCUGACACGGACAACGAACCCCCAAAGCUUGCUGGCGGCCUGCCUUUAGUGGGGCAUGCACUUCAACUCAUAGGAGACAGCAGCCAUCUGUGGCGUGUCGCAAACGAUUUUGCGAGCAAGAGUUACGCUACAGGCGGGGUAGUUGCAGCUUCACUUGGGCCUCGGACUGUUUAUGCGUCAAUUUGGAAGAAUCAUAGAAAGUUGCUGAAUCCGGCCUUCAGUCAGACUGUGCUGUGCGGCUUCAUGGGUGUAUUUAAUAAACAGGCACGGAAACUGGUAAAGGAGUUGGAGAAAGAAGCAGGGAAGGGCCCCUUCGACCACUGGACGUAUACCAAGAUUAUUGCUCUUGAGACCAUAUGCUCGACAGCCUUUGGCGUGGAUUUCACAGACUCUACGAUCCGCAACAGCCAGUUUGUGACAGCUGUGGAGCAGAUGUUAAACGUCAUAAUGGACCGCUUCCAGAAGUUUUGGCUGCACAGCGAGCACACUUUCAAAUGGAGGAAGAAGAAGCAGGACGCUUGUUUGAAGAUACUGCACAAUAUGUCUGACACUGUGCUCAAAAGAAGAAAAACUGAAUUCGACAACAACAACACACUCCCUGAAAGAACAACUGGGAAUACUUCAGACAAAAAAUUCAAAGCCCUCAUGGAUCUACUCCUUGAGUUAUCCGUGGAGAAGGGAGUGAUGAACGACAGGGAGAUAAGAGAACACGUGGACACGAUAUUUGUGGGCGGCUUCGACACAACUGCCAACGUGUUAAUGUUCACACUUCNCACACUUAUACUGCUGGGAUCCCACCCUGAGGCGCAGGAGAAAGUCCACCAGGAAUUAAAAGAAGUAUUUGGUGACUCAGAUCGUGACGUGGAGAAACACGAUCUUUCCCAUCUGGUGUACUUGGAGGCAGUCCUAAAGGAGAGCCUGAGGCUAUACCCGAUUGUGCCGGUGCUGGCCAGGCGGCUGGACAGAAAUGUGCAAUUGAAGAACUACACGCUAGCAGCUGGUCGUUCCUGCUUCUUGUUUCUGUUCAAGAAUCUCAAGCACCCCACGUGGGGGGCUGAUGUGGACCAGUUCAACCCCGACCGAUGGUUGGACCCAUCCACGCUGCCAGAAAACUCCAACAUGUUUGCUGCCUUUGGCUUAGGAAGGAGGAUGUGUUUAGGCAAAACCUACGCGUACAUGUCGAUGAAAACAACCCUCGCUCAUGUUCUCCGAAAAUACCGCUUCAAGGGUGACCACACACAACUAGAACUCAAAUUGGACGUGAUGCUGAAGCCAGCGUCAGGUUACUACGUCAGUGUUGAGAAACGGCAUUAGAACUAGUCUGUAGAACUUUUGUAGAUGUUUUAUAUCCAUUAGGGCGAUUAAAGUCGAAAUAAUGUAUUUUAGAAGCGACACAGAAUCGUGGAGUCGCGGCGACGACAACAUAAUCUAGUCUAGUCGCCGCCUCUAGUAGCCACGAUUGUCGCCCAGGUU